AUGCUCUCAGUCACUCCUCUUCUUCUCCACACAAACUCCACCCUCUUCUUCUUCUUCUUCCCUCCGUCUCUCCCAACCCGGCCAAGCCCUACCAUUCACUUCAGUACCCCGCGAUGCUCUUCCGCCCUUCAAGACGAGCUCUCCCCGUCGCCGCCGCCGCUCCCGGCUUUGAAGGCGGCGAAGAGAGUGGUGCUGGUGAGGCACGGGCAGAGCACGUGGAACGCGGAAGGUAGGAUCCAAGGCAGCUCCAAUUUCUCAGUGCUCACCGAGAAAGGCGAGGCUCAGGCCCACACUUCCCGCCAAAUGCUCAUCGCUGACACCUUCGACGUCUGCUUCGCCAGUCCCUUGGCACGGUCAAAGAGAACAGCUGAAAUUAUAUGGGACACUCGCGGAGAGGAAAUGAUUUUUGAUUUUGAUUUGAGGGAAAUCGACUUGUAUUCAUUUCAAGGCCUCUUGAAGCAUGAGGGAAAGCAAAAGUUUGGUGCAGCUUAUCAGAAAUGGCAGGUAGAUGCACCAAACUUUUGUAUUGAUGAUCAUUAUCCAGUGAGAGAGCUAUGGGAACGUGCUAGGAGCUGCUGGACCAGUAUACUGUUGCAUGAAAGCAGGUCUGUUCUUGUGGUUGCUCAUAAUGCUGUUAAUCAGGCUCUCCUUGCAACAGCCAUUGGAUUGGGGACGGAGUAUUUCAGGACUUUACUUCAGAGCAAUUGUGGUGUAAGCGUGCUGGACUUCAAUCCACGUGAUGACGGAUCACCUUAUAUUUGCCUCAAUCGUCUUAACCAGACCCCAAGUUCACCUGUUGAAGCUGGAAGUUCAGGAGGAAGGAAAGCUAGUAAGCGGAUUGUACUUGUCUGUCAGGGAUCCACACAGUUGAAUGCUGAGCCAAUGGACAUGCUUGGGGUUAUAAAGGCCCAGAAAAUUGCUGAGUUACUUCUUGAUUUGAGAGUGAACUCUAUAGUUAGCAGUCCUAAGGAAGCUUGUAUUGAAACAGCAGUUGCCAUCUCCAGAGUACAAGAAGCUGCAGAUUGCUUGGGAGCUGACUCCGUGCCACGCUGUGUGGAGAUGAAGCAGAUGGAGAACCUUGAUGUUGAAAAGAUUCUUCAGAAGUCAAAUGAGAAUGGAACGGUAAUUCCACCUCUUCAGCCUGGUUGGCCUAAUGGAUGUGCGGAUAGAGUUGUGGAAGCUUUGUGGGAUCAUUCUGAAAUGGCCUGGCAGUCUCUGCUAGAAGAAGUAGCUGAUGAAGCAGCACCGGAAAAAGUUGUUGUUGCAGUCGGUCACCCUGCAUUGCACAUAUCACUGCUGGGGCACUGCCUGAAUUUGACAAAAGAAUGGCUGGGAUCGUUUCAUCUUGACGCAGGAAGUAUCAGUAUUAUUGAUUUUCCUGAUGGUCCUAGCGGGAGAGGUGUUAUUCGGUGCAUAAACUAUACUGCCCAUUUGGGGAGAUGGUCAGUACCUAUAACCACAUCAACAUUAUACGAUAAAUAAAAUCAUUCUUGUUAUCAACUACUGCAGUAUAGAAACAGGCGUAAUUGAUCCUACUGUAUUGAUGUAUGAUAUAAAAAGAAAUGGAAUUACUUUAAACCAUGUACAUUAGGAAUUUAGUUUGUAGUUCUUAUUGUUGUAAUUGUUACCGGUGUUGA